UGACCGCGCCAAGAGUUGUGACACGCCUGUUUGUCAAGAAAUUUUUGCUCCUUGACUGACUGCUGUGCUUUGUUCCAGGACACAACGAUCCGAAGAAUGCGUCUGUGCAGGUUUUUGGUCAUCCUGGUCGCCAUUGUUAAAGUUAAUGGUGGCAGCUUCAGCGAAAACCACCUGGUCGAUCGCCUCCUGAGCGGAUACAACACCGACGCCCGCCCGGUGAAGAACAGCUCCUCCCCAGUCACUGUGGCUAUUGACAUCGCCUUGGCACAACUAAUCAACGUGAAUGAUCGCCAGCAGGAUAUCAUGGUCAAUAUUUGGAUGAGGCAGUAUUGGACGGAUGAGUUUCUGUCAUGGAACCCGGAUGACUAUUAUGGGCUAGACGUUGUCCGUAUUCAAAGCAGCGCCAUCUGGCGACCCGACAUAGUUAUCUACAAUGGAAUCUUUGCGGAAGGUUAUGCCGAACUGCCUGACACGAAGGUCACCAUCACUUCAGACGGCUCAGUGACCUAUCUCUAUCCCUUCACGUUCAAGGCCGCCUGCAAAAUCAACGUCGAGGACUUCCCUUACGACACACAGACGUGUCCGCUCAAGUUCGGGUCAUGGUCGUACGACGGUUUAGCUAUCGAUGUCGUCAAUAAGUCUUCUCAUGGUGACCUGGAGUUCGAGCACAAUGGAAUAUGGACAGUUAUCGACCUGCCGGCACAAAGAAAUGUGGUGACAUAUCCGGCAUCUGAAGUGCCUUACCCCGACGUGACGUUCCAUGUCGUUAUCCAACGGCAGUCGCUGUUUUAUGUCUUUUUCAUCUUCUUUCCAAGUGUUCUCAUUGUAUUUAUAAGUUUGAUUAGCUUCAUGUUACCACCAGAGACUGGAGAGAAGCUAUCACUAAGCAUAACGAUGUUGUUGUCACUCGUGGUCUACAUGCAACUCGUGAAUACCACUCUACCGACGACGUCUAGAUACAUCCCACUAGUAGGUCGAUUCUUUGGGGCCACCAUCAUCAUCGUUGCCAUGACAACCAUGCUCAGCAUCUUCGUCAUCAGUUUGCACUUCUCCAACCCGAAUCCCAAACCGCCGCCAUCUUGGCUCAAGAGGAUGAUGGGUAUGUCACAGGAAGUGUUCGUGAUGGAGUGGCUGUUCUGCGGAUGUGGUCGUAGAGCCAGUCACAGUUUUGCUAAAGAAGAACUUCAAACAGGGCGCCAGCAUCAUCGAAAGAAAAGCAACAAGGACAUCGUCCUUUUGUCAAUGCGGUCUGCUAUUGAGAAAUCAAUUAGUACCGUCUGUCGUGAGCGUUCCUUUUCACAAUCAAGAAGUACGUCUGAUUUUCUGACCAAUCGUCUUCUGGUGAAGCUUGAUGACAUCAUCUGUAAGAUGAACAGAGUUAAGGAAGAACGUGGACUUGAAGAACAGAAGCAGGACGUUUUGAGCGAGUGGAAUGAGGUAGCAGCUAGAAUGGAUCGUGUUUUUCUCCUGAUUUUCGUUGUUGUAGCGGUGGCUGCAUGUACAACCACAUCCAUGCUGUAGUAUUCUAUCAGUCAAAAGUAUAACGUCCUUCAAUUAGAAUUGUACAAUAAAUGGAAAAAUGUU